AUGAAUGAUAAUGAACCUAAUGGUAAUAAUGGAUCGUUGCAACCAAAAGAUUCGAAUAAUAAAAAAGUAACAAAGUUUAUUUGUGAUAUUGAAGCAGCAUUAGAAGGUGAAAUAUCUGAUAUGGAAGAUGAAAGAGGACAAGUCAGCACCGAUAAUAAUAAAUUUAAUAAAUUAUCAAAUGAUGAUGCUGAAGAAACCAUAAAGAAGGUUCAAGAAGAAACAAAUAGAAAUCAUUUAGAAGCAAGAAUUGUUCGUUAUCCUAAUGGACAAUCAUUGGCACUUAAUAUCAUUCAUAAAGUAUACGUUGUCCACUUAGAGGAUACUUAUGCAUGGGUUCGUCUCUCCGAUGACAUUGAACCACCGUGUUUUGAUCAUGUAUACGCCGUAAUGAAAGAGACACAGUCGUUACAGUGGGAGGAAUUGUUACCUGGAACACCGUGCGUGGUACUUGCACGUUUCAGUUCACGCGAUAUCGUUAAUGGUGGAACAGCACGUGAGGUCACGAAGGUUUGA